UCUUUCCAACUCGUUCCCGCCUUAAUUUUCGUCCUUUUUCCCCGUCACUCCACUCGGACCACUCCCCCUGCCAUUCUCCGUAAUUAUCCACAACUCGAUGGCCUUUUCCUUCCAUUAAUUCUUCUAUUUACACCUUUGCCCCUCAAUGGUUACUCGCACUGUUUUUUCCGACUCCAGCGAUGUUGACAUCAGCGGCGGGAGCAGCAGCAUCUGCUGCGCCGGCGCCAACACCGAAUCGUCUCUCCUCCCGGAAUCCGACGUCGUCUCACUUCAACGCCUCUCCCACACCUUAGAGUCCAUCUUCUUAUCCGACGCGUCGUCUUCUCCUGACUGCUUGGACUUCUUCGCCGACGCCAGGCUCGUGGCUCCUGGCGGCGGGGAGAUUCCGGUGCACCGAUGCAUUCUCUCGGCCAGGAGUCCCUUUUUCAAGAGCGUAUUCUCCGGUGCCAAGGGGAAGACUAAUGCUGCCGCCAAGGUUGAGUUGAAGGAGUGGAUGAAGGAGCGUGAUGUCAGCUUCGACGCGCUGCUGACGGUGCUGGCGUAUCUGUACUGUGGCAGAGUUAGGCCGUCGCCCAAGGAUGUUUGCAUCUGUGUGGACGAUGAGUGCUCGCAUGUGGCGUGUAGGCCACGGAUGGAGUUCAUGGCGGAGGUAUUGUACGCAUCUUUCAUAUUUCAGGUCCCUGAGCUGAUUGCCAAGUUUCAGAGGCACCUGCUAGACGUUCUUCACAAAGCUGCUGCAGAUGAUGUAUUGAUUAUUUUAUCUGUUGCAAACAUAUGUGGUAAAUCAUGUGAGAGAUUGCUUGGUAGAUGUAUCGAGGUUAUAGUUAUAUCUGAUGUUGACAUGAUAACCCUGGAUAAAGCAUUGCCUCAUCACAUUGUCAAGCAAAUCAUUGAUGCACGCAGGGAACUUGGUUUGCAAGGGCUUGAUACAAGUAGUUUUCCUGAUAAACAUGUGAAGAGGAUUCACAGGGCAUUGGAUUCUGACGAUGUUGAGUUACUUAAGAUGUUACUUAAAGAGGGGCAUACCACGUUAGAUGAUGCAUAUGCUCUACAUUAUGCCGUGGCCUAUUGCGACGCAAAGACCACAACAGAGCUUCUAGAUCUAGCCCUUGCUGAUGUAAACCAUAGAAAUCCUAGGGGAUGCACUGUACUCCAUGUUGCUGCGAUGAGAAAAGAACCUAAAAUCAUAGUUUCUCUUUUAACAAAGGGAGCUAGUCCAUCUGAUCUCACAUCAGAUGGAAGGAAAGCCCUUCAGAUCUCAAAGAGGCUAACUAGAGCAGUGGAUUAUAAGAAGCUAACAGAGGAAGGUAAAGCUUCUCCAAAGGAUAGAUUGUGCAUAGAAAUUUUGGAGCAGGCAGAAAGAAGAGAUCCACUGCUGGGAGAAGCUUCAGUUUCUCUAGCUAUGGCAGGCGAUGAUCUGCGUAUGAAAUUGUUAUACCUUGAAAAUAGAGUUGGAUUGGCUAAACUUCUAUUCCCCAUGGAGGCAAAGGUUGCCAUGGAUAUUGCUCAAGUUGAUGGCACUUCUGAAUUCCCAUUAGCUACCAUUAAUAAGAAUGUGGCGGAGGCUAAGAGGACAACUGUGGACCUGAACGAGACACCUUUCAAAAUGAAAGAAGAGCAUCUGAGUAGAAUGAGAGCGCUUUCCAGAACUGUGGAACUCGGGAAACGCUUUUUUCCUCGUUGUUCUGAUGUACUCAACAAGAUCAUGGACGCUGACGACCUCUCAGAGAUAGCUUACAUGGGAAAUGAAACUCCAGAAGAACGUCAAUUGAAGAAGCAAAGAUACUUGGAACUCCAGGAAGUCCUGACCAAGGCAUUCAGCGAGGAUAAACAAGAAUUUGACAGGAAUAACAACUUAUCAUCAUCUUCAUCAUCAACAUCCAUGGAAAUGAUAAAGUCCAACAUGAAGCUCACUUUCAGAAAGUAGGAGUUAAAAAAAAAAAAAGAAACUGUGGUAAAGGACGAUAUCUCCUUUUUGUUGUAUCAUAUGUUUUAUUUCAACUUUUUGCUUGUCUAUGCCUGUGGGAGCUCUGUACCAUAUUUUUGCCCGUCCCGCAUGUAUAAUGGAAGAAAAGGAUUGAACUAAAUUAGCCAAUGUUGUAUUCGAAGUUAUAAGAAACCAAGGAAUGUAAAGUGCAAAGUGGUCCUACACAUCUUCUUCUUCA